AUGACAGCUUCCUCCUCCAGCAGUGACUACAGCAGUACAGACGACUCUGCUUCUGAGUAUGGAUCCAAGCACAGCCCCUCAGUGGGACACUACCCCUCUGAGAACACGUUUUCCUACGAGGAUGUGGCCCCUUGUAAGGAGACAGCUUCCAGAGAUGCCGAGGUCCACUUCCUCCCUCCUAGUCAAGGUACCUGGGGGACAGAGAGCUUGAGGAGACUCCUCAGGAAGCGAGAGAAGAUGGAGCAUGCUCCAGACCAGUUCUGCAAGCUGAGCAUCACGCUGGCCUGGGACUUCGAUGUGGGCUCCGACCAGGAGGACUCACCAGCUAAUCUGGAUCUAAAUCGCCACAGCCAGUGGAUGGACAAAUGGCCCGAAGACAGUACAAAACUGACUCCCUGCAAACUGGAUAACCUAGUACAAAACCUUGAGACAUUUCUAGAAAAAGGUGGCCAACACGGUGGCUGUGUGCUCCCUGAGUCUACUCAGAAGGAAGACCUCCACCUCAACAGCAGUGCCUGUUCACAUACAACUCAGGUCAGUCACAAAGACCUGCCCAGGUACAAAGCACGGGAAAAUGAAGACAUCCAUCAGGUCCUAGAGAAUCCACCAAGGCUAUAGAAAGAGGAAGUUGGGGAGAUACAGCAAGCAGACGAGAGCUCCUUGGACGGCUCCACGUCAUCCGCACAGGCAGAGGAGGCUUCCCACUCACACUACACAUCCUGUCUGAACUUUCGCUGGGUCUUGCACUGGCUGAGGACACAAGUCUUCUCCCGAUGGAGAAGAGAGCAUGUUAGGCAGGCUGCCAUCAGCUGGCACCAGAAGGCAGCGAGAAAGAUAAAUUCUCUUAGAGGCAACAGAAUCCAACCCCAAGAAUGA